UUUGGAUUUACACAGUGCAACUGAAAUAGUAAUAAAAAUUAAAAUGAUUGUGCUGGAUGGGGUGAAGGAUAGCUCUGUUGUUGGUAAUUCCAGAAUGUGUAAGCUCAAGGUGGAAUUAAGCUGAGGAAUAGUUCUGGGUGUUUUAAUUUAUCUUAUCAGAGGGGAAAUACACGUCACUGGUGCAUCUUUGCAAAGACUGUGGGUGGGCAGUAAAGCCAGUUGUCAAGGUUAUGGGCCUGGACGUGAUCCUGGAUUGCAGCCUGUGGAUCAUUGGCCUCACACAUUCUGGAAAGGCAGAACAUCUUUUGCUUCACAGUUUUGUCACUGCUUUCUCUCCAGGGAUGUCCUUUGUUGUUCGGCCCACCAAGUUUAACAUCCAAAGGAGCAUGGGUUUGUAUUUUACCACUUUGGAAAUAUGGUGCCUUUGCAUGACAGGCACUAGGGCCUUUUCUAAAACCUGGCUCUUAACUUUAUUGUUCUUGAUGUGUCUGGGGUUAGGAGAGAAGUCCACGGCUAGAAAUACGAAUUUCCUACUGCUUAGUUUUGUAGAGAUUUCCUGAUAGCUUUUCAGGGCAAUGUUUAUCAAAGUGAACAGAUUUGGGGCUGUGUUAAUUGCUUAGGACAAUCUGUGCAGUGGAUCAAAAACGGGAAAAUAGAGUUGGAUUUAAUGUUAAAUGAAGUUCAGUGUUCUGACUUGUACAGACCCCUUCCCAGGCACUGGGGAGGGCUCUAGUAAUAUGUUCUCAUGCUUAAGUGGUUUUGUAAAAUCCAAAAAAAGUAAGAAACUUUAAUUGCCAUCAAUUCAGCUUUUGACUCUGGCUUUAAAAAGGGCUCCCUAGAGAGUAGACUUUCCGUUCCACAGCACAUAGAUCUGUCCCAGACAGUGAGGUCAUAUGAAUUGAAGUCAUGCAUCAGAUGCAGUGGAAGGAUGUUUACCAGUUGUGCUGUGUAUAUGUGAGAGAUAUAUGUUUGCAUAUAUAUAGAAAUUUAUGUGUCUAUGUGUAUAUUGUGUGCAUGUGUAUGUCUGAUGUGUUACCGUUUUAUAUAUCAUUCGUUGUCCUUAGGUAUCCUAGAAAGAGUAGAGAAAUAGCAAAAUUUUGCAGCAUAACAAUUUUAGGAACCAAACAAAAACAACAACAAAACCAAAAGGAAAAAAAUCAGGAAGGAAGGGAGUAAAAACAAAGAAAUGAACCGCACAGCCCUGCAUUUUGCAGUGGGGGCAAAUCAUAUAUCUGCGGUGGAUUUCUUGCUCAAUCACAAGGCAAGAGUGGAUAUUGCUGAUAAGCACGGCUUGACAGUACUUCACCUUGCAGCCUGGUCUGGAAGUCUCGAGAUCACGCUUAUGCUCAUUCGAGCUGGAGCAGACCAAAGGGCCAAGAAUGAGGAUGGUAUGAAUGCCCUCCACUUUGCAGCUCAGAGCAAUAAUGUACGCAUUGUGGAGUACCUCAUUCAAGAUCUGCACUUGAAGGACCUGGACCAGCCUGAUGAGAAAGGAAGAAAACCAUUUCUUUGGGCAGCUGAGAGGGGCCACACUGAAAUGAUAGAAAAACUUAUCUUCCUUAAUCUACAUACUUCAGAAAAGGACAAGGAGGGGAAUGCUGCCCUGCAUCUUGCAGCAAAGCAUGGUCACAGUCCUGUGGUCAGGGUGCUGCUAACCCAGUGGCAAGAAACAAAUGAGAUCAAUGAGAAUGGAGAAACACCAUUUUUCCUGGCUGUUAAAGGAGGUCAUGAAGAAUGCAGCAAAGUGCUUCUGGCAGCAGGAAGUGAUGUCAACAUUCCAAAUAAACACAACAUCACUGCUUUGGAGAUGGCAACCCAGAAUGGGCAUACAUCCCUUGUCAGCUGUCUUCUUGGAGAGAAUGUUGAUCUGCACCAGAACACGGAACCGAAGGACUCCCCUCUUCAUUUAGCUGUUAUCAACAACCAUAUCUCAGUUGUGAACAGCUUAAUAAGGGCACAGCACGACGUUGACACUUUAAAUCAGAGGCGGCAGACUCCCUUGCAUGUUGCUGCUGAUCUUGGCAAUGUGGAACUGGUGGAAACCUUGCUGAAGGCAGGAUGUGACCUGAAGAUUGUUGAUAAGCAAGGGAAGACUGCCCUGGCCGUGGCCUCCAGGAGCAACCACAGCCUUGUUGUGGACAUGAUCAUUAAAGCAGAGAGAUACUAUGCCUGGAAAGAGCAGCAUGGUGAGAACAUCAGGGACCCAUCAACCAGCUUUACUUUGACAUUCAAGCAAGAUCACAGUUUGGAGACCAGACAUAUUCGUAGUCUCCUCUGGAAACUGGCUUACCAGCAGCUUAAGGCCAACGAGUGGCAGAGGCUGGCCCGUUCCUGGAACUUUACAGAUGACCAGAUCAGAGCCAUUGAGGAGCAGUGGACAGGGAAGGGAAGUUUCCGUGAACACGGCCACAGGGCUCUGCUCAUCUGGCUGCAUGGGACCCUGAUGACACAGGCCACUCCAGUCAAGCAUCUGUAUGAAGAGCUGAUACGCGCAGGUUUCCCAGAACUAGCUGAAAAGAUCUGUCAACAAAAAAACGAAACAGACUCAAGGUCCAAGAAAUGUGCAGUUUCAUAGAUGCCUAAAGGAAUUGUAUUUAAUUGAUUUUCCACUCAGCAUUUUCCUUUAAAUUCAGUCUUCUAAUGCCAUAAAAUUCUAGCAGUAGUAUUGAUUUUUAACUAUGACGAUGGUGGUGACAGGAAGCUCUACCAGAUGAAAAAAUGGUAUUAGUACUUUCCAACUACAGAAAUGAAAGGUCAGAAACUUUUUUCGAUUUUUAAAGCAAAUUGUAUAUGAUUUUUGCCUUUCUGUCAUUUGAUGCAAUAUAUGUCUAGGUUUUGCACAUCUUUUUUUUUUUUUUUUUUUUAAUGUUGGUAGGAGCAGCAUCCCGGUAUAUGAAAAAUCCAAGAGAUUUAGAAUAGACAGACAUAUAUAUUUUUCUUUUUUUCUUUUUUUUUUUGACAGACACGGUUUUAAUCAUGGUUUGCCCCUU